CUUUGGUAGUGUUUCGGUGUAGUCCUGUGUCAGAAGCGUGUGUGGUAGCGUGCAUUGCCAUUUACGGUAGUAUUUCUGUAAAAGCGCGUUGUUGAUUGUAUUUAUUAUUUAAUCAUGGCCUUACAUGUUCCCAAAGCGCCAGGAAUGGCGCAGAUGCUUAAAGACGGUGCCAGAUAUUUUUCUGGUCUGGAAGAAGCUGUUUAUCGAAACAUAAAUGCAUGCAAACAGUUCUCACAAACAGUAAGAACUGCAUAUGGGCCAAAUGGGAUGAAUAAGAUGGUGAUAAAUCACAUAGAAAAACUGUUUGUUACAAAUGAUGCAGCUACAAUAAUAAGGGAGUUGGAAGUGGAGCAUCCAGCUGCUAAAUUAAUGAUACUUGCUUCACAAAUGCAGGAGCAAGAAGUUGGAGAUGGCACCAAUUUUGUAAUUAUUCUUUCAGGAGCUCUGUUAGAAGCUGCUGAAGAAUUAUUGAGGAUGGGCUUAACCUCAUCAGAAAUUGUUGAUGGAUAUGAACUUGCCUUGGAGAAGGCAUUAGAAAUCUUACCAACACUCACAUGUUACGAAAUUAAGGAUUAUAGAAAAGAGGAAGAUACAGCAAGAGGUAUUAAGCCAGCAAUAAUGAGCAAGCAGUAUGGAAACGAAGAUUUCCUUACAAAGUUAAUAACAAAGGCUUGUGUGUCAAAUGUUCCUGAAAAGACUACCUUUAAUGUGGAUAACAUCAGAGUGUGCAAGAUUUUGGGUUCGGGACUGCAAAAUUCAGACGUUGUGCAGGGGAUGGUAUUUAAACGUACGGUUGACAGUGAUGUUUUGAAAAAAUCACCAGCCAAAGUGGCAGUAUUUACGUGUGCAGUGGACAUCAUGCAGACAGAAACGAAGGGCACUGUACUCAUCAAAUCAGCUGAUGAGUUAAUGCAGUUCAGCAGAGGUGAGGAAAAUUUAUUAGAAAAUCAAAUAAAAGCCAUUGCUGAUGCUGGUGCUGACGUUAUUGUAAGCGGAGGAAAGUUUGGAGACAUGGCACUCCAUUACAUAAACAAGUAUAAUAUGAUGGCUGUUAAAUUAUCCAGCAAAUGGGACAUCAGAAGAGUUUGCAAAACAGUUGGUGCCACAGCUCUUCCUAGACUAACAGCUCCAACUAAAGAAGAAUUAGGGUAUGCUGACCACGUGUAUGUUGAUGAACUUGGUGACACUUCGGUAGUAGUUUUUAAGUUAGAAGGACGAGAGUCUCGAAUUGCAACCAUUGUUAUUCGUGGCUCAACUGACAAUUAUAUGGAUGAUAUAGAACGUGCUGUGGACGAUGGUGUGAAUACCUUCAAGGGAAUCACAAGGGAUGGAAGAUUUGUUCCUGGAGCAGGUGCAACAGAAAUAGAACUUGCACGCCAGAUAGCGUCUUUUGCAGAAACUCGACCUGGCUUGGAGCAAUAUGCCAUUAAAAAAUUUGCUACUGCAUUGGAAACCUUUGUAAAAUGUCUUGCGGAAAAUUCUGGUGUGAAGUCAAGUGAAGUUGUCUCAAAACUGUAUGCUGCACAUGAAGAAGGAAAAAAGAAUCAUGGAUUUGACAUUGAGGGUGAAGGUGCAGCUGUCAUAGAUGUUGCUGAAGCAGGAAUUAUUGAUUUGUAUCUUACAAAAAUGUGGGGACUGAAAUAUGCAACUAAUGCAGCAUGCACUAUACUGAAAGUUGAUCAAAUAAUAAUGGCAAAACGAGCUGGUGGUCCAAAAGCACCUCAAGCAGGAGGCCAGAAUGAUGAAGAUUAAAGACAUUCCUCUUAUUUAAACAGUUGUUACUAAACCACAAUCAUUAUUACAAAAAUCACUUCUUUACUUGUCUGAAAUGUUACAUUAUUGGCUCUGUCAGUUGCUUUUGUACAAAACUAUUUAACUCAUUAAUUUGCUCACAUUGAUCUGCCUUACCAAUAAAGUUUUUUUUAUUUAAGUAAA